AUGUGGGCAACAUUGUCCCGGGCAACUGGCCUCAGCUUGAGAAAGUCGUUCGUCUCGAUCGAGUCCAGACUCUUCUCGGUUUACGGUGCCAACCUCGUGAGUCUGUCUACAGACCCCGCCAAAAGGAGGCAGCAACUGGACGCACUCAACCUCCGCAGACGUACAGAUCCUGAGUGGCAUAGACAAGAAUUGAUCCGGCGUGAGAGAUACAGGAGGCGCAACGCUGCCAAACUUUCCGAUUAUAACAGCCAGUAUAACAAAUCGUUCCUUCCGCGAUAUACUUCAGAUCCCACGGUCCAGCUUUCACAGCGGUUGCAAAACUGGGUGAAACUACACGUAUGGGUGCGUGAGGAGCUUCCUUGGAAGACUCAUCGUCCUGUGCGUUACGAGACUCCCACUCCGCGUCGUUGUGAGUUCUGCGGCAUCACGAGACGUAACGGCUUGCAUUUGGUUUGGCAGCGCAUUGCCCAACCAGACUUAUACAGCUGCCAUCGCUGUUAUGCGAGACAAGGUACCGAAACUUGUCUGCCUACAGGAUAUGAGGACAUUCGUGGCAUCAAAGAGCUUGCUGCACGGAAAAAGCAACUGGAGCAGCCGAAGUCUGGAUCACCUUGA